GUUAGACGUAUCAUCUUAGUACAUACGCCAAUUGUAGCUUGGAAGUGCUAGGGCUGCUUCCUUACCCACACAGAUCGGUUCCCAUCUGCGUGUCUUAUCUUGCCCAUUUUUUCAUUUGUUGGAUCAGUAGCAUUAAGUUAAGUGUAGGAUUUUGACCUUGUGUAUCUAUUACGCUUUCGGACACCCUUGCUUAAAUUUCGCGUACACUUGGAUAGAAGGGCACUCGCAAAAACUCUGCUCCCGCUUUAGUUGACCGCCAUGGCUUCUGAGGCGGAGAAGCGGGAAGCUGCAGUUGCAGAUUACCGCAAAAAGCUGCUCAAGCAUAAGGAGAUCGAUACAAAGGUCCGAGCUUUGCGUGAGUCGGUCAAGGAGCUUAAGAAAGAGUACGAGAAGACGGAGGAUGACCUCAAAGCGCUGCAAAGUGUUGGGCAAAUCAUCGGCGAGGUGCUCCGCCAGCUCGAUGCCGAGCGCUACAUUGUCAAGGCCAGCAGUGGUCCCCGCUACGUGGUGGGUGUGCGCACCAAGGUGGACAAGACCAAGCUGGUGAGCGGUACCCGCGUGUCGCUGGACAUGACCACACUCACCAUCAUGAGGAUGCUUCCACGGGAGGUGGACCCUGUUGUGUUCAACAUGCUCCAGGAGGACCCCGGCAAGGUGGACUACUCGUCCAUCGGGGGGCUGUCGGAGCAGAUCCGGGAGCUGCGCGAGUCCGUAGAGCUGCCGCUCAUGAACCCGGAGCUGUUCCUGAGGGUGGGGAUAAAGCCGCCCAAGGGCGUGCUGCUGUACGGACCCCCCGGUACCGGCAAGACGCUACUGGCUCGCGCCAUCGCUUCAAACAUCGAUGCGAACUUCCUCAAAGUGGUGUCCUCCGCUAUUGUCGACAAGUACAUCGGGGAGUCCGCUCGCAUCAUUCGGGAGAUGUUCGGAUACGCCAGGGAGCACCAGCCGUGUGUCAUUUUCAUGGAUGAGGUCAAAAUGAUCAUGGCCACCAACCGCCCUGACGUGCUAGACCCCGCACUGCUGCGACCCGGCCGGCUGGACCGCAAGAUCGAGAUCCCGCUUCCUAACGAGAACGCCAGGAUGGAGAUCCUGAAGAUCCAUUCCUCCAAGCUGGCCAAGCACGGAGACAUCGACUACGAGGCCGUCAUUAAGUUGGCGGAGGGCUUCAACGGUGCUGACCUGCGCAAUAUCUGUACGGAGGCGGGCAUGUUCGCCAUCCGGGACGAGCGAGACUACGUGGUGCACGAGGACUUCAUGAAGGCGGUUCGCAAGAUGGCCGAUGCCAAAAAAUUGGAGACCACCCUCAACUACGACUCCGCGUUCGGCGACGGAGGGCACAAAUGAGAUAUGGUAGUGGUGGUGGUAGUGGUAGUGGUGGUGAUGGAUAACAAUGCGGAUGAGGAGGAAUGGCGGGAGGAGUGCGGUGACGAAGAGGCUGCGACUUACAGGGCUUGUGGAAGGAAGAGCACAUCGGGCAAUGCUACGCCGUGUCGCAGUUUUUUGCUUUCGCGCACACCCUGUGUCAUGUCCUCUCGAUGGCGCCGGCUAUAUAUCGGUGCUAGCGGGAAAAGAAGAAGGAGAGGCAGAGCGCAGUGGAGAGGAGACGAGGAGGAUAUAUGUGGGGUGUGUGCGGAGCGGAGCGCCCAUGAUGAUGUUGGCGCAGGGGCCAGGCGUGUGGUUGGGCACUGCACUAGGGGCGAUAUAAGGGCCGGAGGAGGAGGAGAAGGAUGCCGGAAUGACGCCACGGUCCCCGCCGUACCCCCGGCGGGUGUGUGGAAGAAGGGCAUCAAAUUGCGGCAUCAUGAAUUUUACAGCUGUUGCGUCGCAUGUUCAAACGGACAUGCGUAGGAACGAGGUGAAUGCUCUACGGGUCUGCUUGUAAUGAGAUGUGUUUUGG